AUGUUACUUUGCACUGAGGAAUUGGUUCAUAUAUUACUGAAGCACUGUAGAUUGAAGGAACGGGAACACAUACAGAUUGCUACAAUUGAAAGUGCAGAACUCCAGGAAUUACAACAAACACUGACGAGGUUAACCACAGAAGAACAGAAUGCAACGUAUGGAAACAGACGCUUACAAAUAUCACGAAAUAACACUGAAAAUGAAGACUGCAAACACAGACUUUGCCUCACGGAAACUCAACAAAUCAAGUGUAAACACUUUCUAGAUACCUAUAGCAUAGAUAUGGAAACGUUCCAAAGAAUUAACAAGCAGUUGGUGGUGUUAUUACAUAUUAUUGGACAAUAUAUUGAAAUUUUUCAGGAUGAAGAGGUAUCCUUAAAAGAGCUGUUGUUCCUGUCAAAAACAUACGCAAUUACCUUGUCACGUAAACAAUCCUUUCCCGAUUUAAAGACAAAACUAGACAACAAAUGGGACGAUUUUACAAAGCAUGUUCGCGAUCUGGAAGCAGAUGGUCCUUAGAGCAGCACGUGUAUGCACACAUAUAGCCUUGAAAGCGAUAUUCGACAUUUGUAAUUUAUAUGUGCAUACACGAAGAUAAGUGAUCUAGUGAAAAAACAUAAAGUUAUAAUUAUGUCUAGUUCGUUGUAGUGGAUUAUUUAUUUUUAUUUUAUGCUUUCCGAUGGUUU